UGUACUCAAGGCUCAAGAUUGACAACAGUCUUUUCAGUAACUCAAUUCAACCCAUCGGCUUCAAGAUAAGCUUUACUACGUACGAUGCUCGAGUCCGCGAUUCCAGAGCACCUUCGCAAGGAGCGAAAGUGCCCAGUGAGCACGCCGCCGAACUACAAUCCACCUUUCCCGGGGUAUUGUGCUCGAUUCCCUAAGAAAAUGGAAAAUCUGGUUCUGGCUAUUAUCGGAGCUCAGUACCCUGCGGGAACGGACGACAACCGGACUGGAAUCUCGACCAUCAAGAACUUCAUGACCGACAUACCGGAGAACGUGCGCCCUUCCAGCUGGGAAACCGCAUCCGUGACCGACAAACGGGGCUUCUUCAACAUCGCUGUCUUCGCGUACUGGCCCAGUACAGAGAUACACAAAGAAUGGGAGGUUGAAUCUGGAUUUGAAGCAUGGUGGAAGAGCUCAGACCGUGAGAGUGAGGUACAUGGCUGGUUUAAAGAAGUUCUCUGCCCAUCAGUAGAUCGAUUUGAGACCGUAUUUUCAAACCAUGAGCAUCCGGAAGGUGCGGCGAACAUGCAAGAGAAGAUAUCGGGUGAGAUGAGGGAGCAUGCAUACUGGGGCAGUAUGCGAGACCGGUUCGCGGCUGCUCAAGACGACAAGCUGGUAGGCGAGAGUUGGAAUACUCGGGGCGGUACGCACAAGAGUGGCAAUGAAUCGAAGAGGGUUCGUGUGCCCGGAAAGAAAAACCUGACUAUCAUUCGCUCUGGUCAAGACUGGUCAGAUACUCUGCCCGAAGAGCGCAAACUAUACUUGGAGACGAUGCAUCCCGUACUCAUUUCUGGCAUGAACUUUCUGCGAGACUCAGGCCAGGAUGUUGGGUGUUAUUCCAUGAACUUGUGGGAUGUGGUCGAUUCAAAAACGCACGAAGCCAGUCUAGAGAGAACUUUCGGUCUCGGCUACUUUGACGAUCUGACUUCGCUAGAGUACUGGAGUAAAAGCCAUCAAACACAUAUCAACAUCUUCGGGGGCUUCUUGAUGUAUGCGAAGAAGCUAGACAAUGUGUUGUCUUUACGGCUGUUUCACGAGAUCUAUGUACUGGAGCAAAGUCAGCAGUCGCUCGAGAUCUUUGGCCUUCAGUAA